AUGGCGGAUGYGGAGCGUCCUGUUUCAGCUCCCGUCCAUCUCGAUCGCAAGCUCAGCAGCGAGCCACUUCCUAAAUCACAGGAUAGUUCAUUGUAUUCACUGAAUGAUCCAGAACAAGACGAGAUUAAUGAUGAUGAACUAGAAGAGAUUCUGAUACAGAGAGCUAAAGAUGGAGCAGACCGACUUGCGAAAUUUCAACUUGGACAGUUUUACUUCGAAAGAAAAAUAUUUGAUAAAGCAAUGGUUACAUUCGAGAGAAUUAAAGGCACUGACUUCCAAGCAAAGUAUCAACUAGGAGUCAUGUAUUACGAUGGACUUGGAGGCAAGCCAAAUCCAGAAAAAGGUGUGCAAUACAUGAAAGACAUAGCUGAGUCAAAGAAUCCAGAUGCAUCACAUCUCGUACAUCAGGCACAGUACAAUGUAGCCAGAGCCUAUUAUGAAGGUUUUGGAGUAAAGCAGUCCGACAAGGAAGCUGAAAGAUGGUUGUUACGGGCUGCAGAUGAUGGUGAUUCAAAGGGUAGUAUGAAGGCACAAAUGGUACUGGGCUUGUUUUAUUCAAGGCCAGGAGAAGAUUCUUUUGACCUCAAUAAGGCUUACUUCUGGCAUCAAGAGGCCACUGGAAAUGGAAGUAUCGAGUCUCAAGGUGCAUUAGGGGUUAUGUUUGAGUAUGGUAUUGGAGUUGAGCAGGAUAUCCAAUCAGCGUUCGAAUGCUUAAAAGGUGCAGCCAUUAGAGGAAAUGUUUAUGCCCAAGGUAACCUGGCCGUGCAUUAUUAUAGAAGAAAACUGUUCAACAAGGCCGCAGAUGUGGCAAAAAGUGUUGCAGAGCUUGAGGAUAUUCAAGGAAUAGCUGCAGAAACAGACUGUUUACCAAACUAUGUUGCAAAGGGCAUUGCCUUAGGUUGUUUCAUAUAUGCACGCUGCCUUCACCAUGGGCAUGGUGUCGUACAAGAUGUCAAGGGGUCCCAGAAGUGGUAUUCAAGAGCGGCUACGUUUGACAUGGACAUUGCUGCUCGUUUGCAAGACUAUAUGACAUAUGGCUACAUAUAAAUCGUGUGAAAAUGUUUAACAUGGCAACAUCCACCAAAAUCUGUACAAAUGUAACUAUUUUUUAUAAACGAAUGUAAAAAUAACUUGUAAAACGAAUUUAUAAAAGUGUGCAAUAAAUUAAUAUAAACGGG